AAGACAGCGAUGGAGAUGUGGAGAACGUUGGCUUUCAUAGCGAGGGGGAGUUCGCCUCGUCCGAUUUUAACAACAGUCGUAGCAUCUUCCCUCAGAAUGAAAGCAUGGGGACCACUCCUCCGUCUCAAGGGGUUUUUGCAGGAGAUAACCUUCUCCAGCAGCCGUACAAGAUUGCCAAAAUUGAUAUCCAGUAUGCAAGGACGGCCAAGCACUUAGAUAUUAAACGCCUGAAACGAGUAAUGUGGCAUAUUUUGACGAAAGAUUCCGUGUCAGAUUCACAUAAUAAGGAGAAUAUAGAAAACCAGGAAGACGUAUCAACGCCGGAUAGAAUGGAUGGAGAGAUGUCAUUUUCUCACAUCUAUAAGACGUUACCUCACCAGUUGUCGUCACUAAUGACAAAGAACCUGAGUGUUCCUAUUGCAUUCGUAUGCCUGCUACACAUGGUCAAUGAAAAGACUCUGAAGAUCUCGGGAAAGGAGGACCUUUCCGACUUCUCCAUCAUGCAAGGGUGAUGAGAAAUUAGUUUUGUAUAGUUAAUCCAAGAUAUUCUAGUUUUUAGGGUGAAUUAAUUUUUAAAUGUAUCAAACUUCAUUGUCAUUACUUUUCACUUUCGUUUUAAUUUUUUGUACAUACGUAAUUCUUUCCAUGCUGGUUAUUUGUAGAUAUCAUAUUUCACUAGUAUAUCAACCACAAAAAUGAAAAAUAUAUAUAUAUAUCAAACACUAAGUUUUGAGUAAACUUACAUGUAUUUUUAAAUGUA